CACCAGAGGUCCACUGUAUUGAAAUAAAUGUUUUGAUGUCCAUCUUCAAUAGGUCAUGCAACCCCGGUCGCAAUAAUACGGAAGCAAAACACAAAACGUCACACGUAAACAAUAAUCGUAUGAGUUUUGCAGCUGUGAUCAGAAACGGAUCAAAACAAAGCACAUAUUUUAGAAGAAAGGAGGGUUUUCAAGAUGACUUCUACUCCUAGGAGUGAGCACGAUGAUUCUCUUAAUGAAUCAUGGGUGGAGCUACAGUAUUCCCAACAUGGGGGCGUGAAUGACCCCCUCCUUAGCCUAGAAUCCGGAGGGGGUAACAACGGAGGAUCCAGCACCCCCUACAGCACUGGAUCGGGGAACGGCAGGCAUGGGGGCAUCCAUUUUGGUACCAACAUGGAGAAACUGUUGAUGGAGGCACAGAGAGAAAGCAGGUCAACAUCCAGGGAGGGCUCUCAAGGAGGAAGCCCUAAAGGUCCACCCAGCCCAGUUCUAAGUUCCAACCCAAGUGCACCUGGAUCUAUAUACAGUAAUGGGUCAGGAGAAAAACAGCAUGGAGUACCGGUCCUGAUGGGACAAGGUGAAGCAGCCAAAGGGAGGGAGGAGAACUGGAUCUGGGACUGGUCAAGCAGGCCGGAACCACUCCCACCAAAGGAGUUUCGUUUCAAACAUCCAGACAAGACGAGGCUGAGCAUUCGUAAGAGCAAGGCCAUGCGUAGUAACUUCUUCUCAGCUGAAAUAUUAUCUGUCUUCAUUCCAUCCUUAGUUCUGACAAAUCUCUUGGCUCUGGGUAUGGGGGUCUUCAUUGGUUUCAAAAUUGCAGCUCCAAGGUUGAGUUGAGAUAGGACAGUAGAGGGCUCCCUACACUUAUAAACUUGGCAAUGAGGAUGGUGGAACGUUACAGUCACAUGACCAAGCCGAUGCCAUGUCAACAGCAAAUUAUUGAUUUGUUCUACAUGAUAUAUAUAUUUUUUUCAUUUUGCAUAUCUAAUCGUAUCUCUGCCCAUCUAUCCUAGCGAGGUAUGAAUUUAUGUACAUCAUAAGAUUUUUGGUCCUAUUUUGGUGGAGAUGACUGUUGACCAUAUUUUCUUAAAAAAAAGGAUAUUGAAGUGCCAUACAUGUAUUUAAUCUAUCGUGUGAAAUUUGAAUACCUAGGCUCAAUCUUAUCUUAAUCGGGUCUUUGCAGACCUGCCGACAGCGACACAAGGACAUAAUUAAGCCCCCGUUCCACU